GCGGAAAAGCAACAGGGAGUACGGACCACAGUAAUCGCAGCGCAAGUUACCAACGUCCCCCUGUAGCUACUAGUUAAGUUUGCACACAGACUGCUAAUUAAUUUGCCAUCACCGGUUUUAUAUAUCAGAAACUCUGCGCUGAGCAGCACAACCAACUGCAAUGAAGACACUAAUUGUAGGAGUAGGCGGGAUGACCAAUGGAGGAAAAUCUACUCUCUCCAAGAGCCUGCACCAGCAGAUACCCAACAGCUGCAUCAUUGCACAGGAUUCGUAUUUUAAGGAUGAUUCUGUGGUACCAGUGGACAGCAAUGGCUUUAAGCAAUAUGACAUGCUCGAUGCUCUGCACAUGGACACACUGAUGAGCGAGGUGGACUCAUGGCGAAGAGAUCCUGAGUCGUUCCUGAAACAGCGAGGCCUGAACCCAGAGCGAACAACACCGACAGUCGACACUGAGGUGUAUGUGCUGAUAGUGGAAGGAUUCCUCAUUUUCAACUACAGGCCUCUGAAUGAGCUAUUUGACAAAAGAUACUUCAUGGAAAUACCUUAUGAUGUCUGCAAAAGGAGACGAAGCUUGAGGGUAUACACGCCUCCUGAUCCUCCUGGCUACUUUGACGGACACGUGUGGCCAAUGUACCUCAAAAAUCACCAGGAGAUGGAGAGCAUGGCGUCUGGAAUUGUAUUUCUGGAUGGACUGAAGCCAAAAGAGGAGUUGCUGGCUGCUGUCUAUAAAGAUGUUUGUCAGGAAAUAGAGAGACUCAGGGAGAAAGACUGAAAUAGUUGGACUUUGAUUUGAAGAUGGAGACUGCUGCUGCUGUAGAUGUCAGGGAAGUUCCUUUUUUGCACUAUUGUGACUAAAAGGACCAAACUAUGUAUUUCUUUGGUCUUGUGUGAAUAUACUAUUGCCUAUGUAAUAUUUCACAAGAGUUAAUAUUUCUGAAAAGAGUAAAACUGCAGAUGAAAACUAACUGAUAUUGUAGCAUAUGAAGUUGUCCAGUUGGAGACUGGACAAAGGCUGCCAGAAACACAAUCAAUCUGAUAUCUUUGCCAUUAAUGAUCAGUAUUAUGAAGUUAAACUAAAUAUAUGAAGUUUUAUGUGACUUAAUGAAUUUGGUGCUGGGUACAGGGCAUUCAGUGGACUGACUGUCUUUUUAAUAAUGUAUGGGAGAUUUUUAUACAAAAGUCUGUGUUUUCAAUCUAACGAGAUGUAUAUACAUAUGCAUAACCUUAACUUGUGAUGUAAUUCCACAUAUUCAAAUACAUAAAAUGUGAAUAAUUGCUCGAGACUCAUAGCAGCUGCUGGUCUACUGCACCAACAAAGAAGUGUUCAUUGAUAUGCACUGUAGUUAUCAUUGAUGUUAAUUGUCUCCACCUGGUGGCUCAAUCUGCUACACUGGAGACAGACAAGUGACCAACUCCAUACUGAUUCCCACGCAAGUACUCUGAGAAUAUAAAGCUCUGUCUGUCUCGGACUGUUAGCAAAUGCCAAUAAAAAACACAUUUUAACACUUAA